AUGAAGCCUUCAAGACCACCUGUUUGCACAAUAGCAAACCCAUAUAUCAUUUAUGAUUAAAGAGUACCCAGACCAAACUCUACCAAGAAUGUUACUGAUACUCGAUAAGUUAUUAGAUGCCUAUCUUCUAAUCAUGAGACUCAAUAAGUGACUUAUGCUUACUUUCCAACAUAACCAAGGUACUUUAUUUUAUAAAAUUAGAGCUUAAAGUCCAACUGCUAUAACUCGAAUUCCUCAUCAAGAACAUAUUGUUGUUAAUUAAUUUCAAAAUUUGCCUACUGAGAGUAUUCCGAUGCAACAUAAAAAAGCUAUUAGUAUGGAAUAUAAUCCUCUCCAAUAAGAACAAUAAUAGAAAUAUAUAUAAGAAAUCAAUUAAAAAAAUUAAGCUAUUCUUGAUUUAUAAGAAUAGGUUUCUGAAUUGUAAAAUAGAUUAUCAGAAAAAGUUCAUGAAUAUUCAUCAUUGAAAGAUAAAUUUGAUAUUGAAUUCAAAAAGUUUUAGGAGGAAAUUUAAAUCUAAAUAAAAGGAAUAGAUCUAAAUAUUUAACUUAAUGAAUACACUACUUAUUUUAUGUAAGAAAUUGAUAGAAAAGUACUCAAUUUAUAAGGUAAUAUAAAUUCUUAAAUUGAUGAAAUGAAAGCAGAUUUAGAAAAUAAACUAAAGUAAAAUGAAAAUUUAUCAAAAAAUCUACUGUCUAAUACUACAAUUAGAUUAAAUUAAGAUGAAUAACACUUUUAAUAAGAACUUUAAAUUUUAUAAAAUAAAUUAGAAUUAAAACUAGAUAGAAAUAGAGCUGAAUAGAUUAUUAAUUAAUCAAUUACAAUCAUGUAACAAUAAUACUAAACUUAAUUAUAAUAAGCUCAUUAAAUAAUUGCUAAAAUUAAUUCAGAUAAAAGUGAUGAACUUAAUAAAAUUAAAACAACUAUUAAUAAUUCUUUAAUAUAGGUUAAUCAAUAAGCAUAAAAUUAGAUUGAAACAAUGUUAGAAAUGGUUAAAGAAAAUUCUAACAGUUAAUAAACUGCAAGAUAAAACUCUUAAUAACUUAAAUAAUAAUACAAUUCUUUAGUUUCUAAAUUUUCUUAAAUUUAAUAGUAAUUUACUUUAAAGAUUUAAGAAAAAGAUGAAAAAAUAAAAGCAAUUUAAAAAUAAAAUGAUGAACUUAAGAAAGAGAUUGAAUAGUCUUAAUUAAUAAUUUAAAAAUAAUAAUAGGAACUAUAUAAAAUAUCAUAACAUAAUAAAAUUAUGAAGUCUCCUUGUGUAUAAUAAAUAUUAUCUCCUAAAAAUAUAAAAUCCAAUAGUUUUUACACAAAUUCAACUAGUGCUGGAUUGAAUUUUACAAAAAAUAGACCUUAAAGUGUUUCUAAAAAAAUGAAAAAAUAACCAAAUCCUCAUCAUUUUGAAAUUAGCUUAGAAGAUUUUGUAGAUUUUAAUGAGAAUUCGAUUUUAGAUUCUAAUGAUAGUAUAGAAUUUAUAACUGGAGAUGGUAAAUCAAGUAGAAUUCAAUCACCUAAAAAUCCUUUUAAAUCUUCAUAAUUAAUUAAUAUCAAUAGAUUAUUGAAUGAAGAUUUUACAAAGGCACCAUAAAUUGGAAAUGCCAAUAAGAAAUAAUCAGAAAACAUAUCUCCUUUACAUUAAGCUAUUAAAAGAAGUAAUAUAUUCAUAUUUAUAUUAGGAUUACUUUAUUUAGGUAAAUCAUAAAAGACACUUCUUUGUACAUAUUCUGGAGAGUAAUUAUGUGAUGCAGAAAUGGGUAUGCAACUUUUAGAUGAUAGUGGAAAACCAUUCAUCAUUAGUGAAGCUGAAAAGAAUGAACUAAUAGCAAGAUAACUUAUAACACUUAUUUGAUUAUUAUUUAUUUUAUACACGUAAUGUUUACUGUAUUUGCAAUUCUUUUUUAUGGAGCUUUGAGUAUACAGUUCACAUUCCCAUUAAGAUCUAAGGAAUUGAAAUGCUUUGGAGAGAUUAUUGGAUUAAAUAUUCUAGUUGUUGGUUCUGUUUAAGCAAAUUCAAGUGAAUAUUCAUUAAAAAUACAUGUAAAAAUAAAACUAAAUACAAAGAUCCCAUAAAAAAAGGUUGAUAGCAUUUUACAAUAUUCUCAUAGUUUAGAAUUACAUAAGUUUUCAUUUACAACAAAUAACACUUAAGAAAAUUAUUAGUUUUGUGUACAUAACUUAGCAAAUGCUGGAGUGAAUUUCAAUUUUACUUUGGCUACAGGAAUGGAUGCAUAAGAUUUUUCUUUAGUGGCUUAAAAGGAAGAUUUGAAACCUAUAGAAAUACAUCUAAAGAAGUUGAAUGGAUUAAUUAAUUCAGUCGAAGUAUAUAAUCUAAUUAUAAUUAUUCUAGCAAGAAUAAAAAGAAAUAGAAGAAAGAUAAGCAAUAAGAUUUUCGAAUGUUAGCAAGAUUUCAUACAAAAUCAUUAUCUUUAGUAUAGUCACUUUGAUUUUGAUGACAUUAACAAAUUUUGUUUAAGCUCGUUAAUUGAAGAAUUUCUUUAAAUAAAAGAAGCUCAUUUGA